AUGUCACAGUCCACGAACAACACAGAAGAUAUACGCAUCCUGAGUCUAGAUGGCGGAGAUGGCCGCUGUAUCUCACAGCUCUACAUUUUACGAGAGUACAUGCAUCGUAUUCGCCAUGAUCUCAAUCACGAAGUUUCACCAAGCGAUCAUUUUCAUCUCAUUACAGCCGUUGGACCAGCCAGUGUGAUUGCAGUACUCCUUGGAAUUCUUAAGAUGUCCGCCGACGACACUAUCGCCACGUUUGCUCGUAUCUGCCAGGAAGUGUACCCAGUCGAGGGCAUGGACGCAGUCUCCCGGUCAGCAAAACUCCGCGGGGUACUGACUAGCAUCCUCAAGGAGCAUGAUAUCGACCCGAACAUCCUGUUGAGUCAGGCUGGUGGGACCAAUAUCUGUCUGGGCUAUUCGUCUACCUCGAGCAUGGCGACUUGGAGGGCAUUCCGCAACUAUCCGAGCCGACAAUACUCCUAUGAACCCCCGCUCAUCGAUGCCAUCUGCGCCUGUUGGGCUAGCACAGGUCUCUUCCAAGCCAUUGCAGUCGGCAGCGAGGUGGAAAAGGAUGAUGCAAUCAGUGCGGAAGCCGCAUAUCCGAAUCCUACUGUUCAAGCGGUCCAAGAGGCCAGUGAAAUCUAUGGGGCGGACAAACAUGUUGGGCUGCUUUUAAGCCUUGGGUCCGGGAUGUCCUCUCGCAUAGUCCCUGGAGGCGAAUUCAAGCUCAUUCAAACCGAGGUUACCUCUCGCGAGCUCGAACGCCGCUUCGGGACGACUGGCGUCUACUAUCGUCUUAGCGUUGUGCCCAGUCUUGCCGCCGCAACCGAGAUGACACAGGAGAUCGUCGGUGUCAUAUCCGCUCACACCUCGGACUAUUUACAAAAUCCGGUGACGGAUCGGCUGCUCGAUCAGGUGGCUAAAACUCGUUCUAGGGCCAGUCGCUUCACGCUAAGGAGCAUGUCGGAAACGACGGCUCCACCAAAGGUUUCGAUGGCCGGUCUUCCACCCCUCUCGCCUUACUUUGUCCAAAGAGAGGUGCCGAUGAAUCAUAUGGAUGUGGCUCUUCUUGGUUCUGAGGAAGAGAUGAGACAAAGAGUCUCAAUUAUAACAGGAAUGGGUGGUUCGGGUAAGACACAACUUGUCGUCGCCUGGGCAAGGCUCCACGCCGAAUGUUUCCAGCACAUUCUAUUCAUCGAUGCUUCGUCGGAUAGGAGCAUUGAGACGGACCUCGUGGCCCGGCUCAAGUCCAUCGACCGGUCAUUCCAAGGAACCGACCUCAGCAGUGCUCUCCAGGCUCUGGCUGAGCCAAACGAGGUCACCACAACCAAGUGGUGCCUCAUACUUGACAACGCGGAUGACCCAGAUCUGGAUAUCACCUCCGUCCUCCCUACUUGCGAUCAUGGCGCCAUCAUUAUCACGAGCCGCAACGCCCAACUCGAAUUUAUUUCGCCAGAAGGGCACAUAGCGCUCGAGUUGAUGAGCAAAAGCGAGGCAUGCGAUGCACUUUUGAACUCCGCGCUUGGCCCGGCUGAGAAGCGUACUUCGCGCCAAAGGGAGCAAGCGAUGGCGAUUGUGAAGGAAUUUGAAUACCUUCCAAUCGCAGUCAUCCAGGCGGGAUGUUAUAUACGCAAACACAAAUGCUUGGAGACGUACCUCAAGCGACUCGAGACGAGUCGUUCCGAGCUUUUGAAACAGACGACGGUCCAGCGGGACAAGCUGAGGUACAAACACAGUGUUUACGCAGCAUUUGACACUUCGCUGUCCUCGUUGUCGGAGCGCGCCCUUGGCCUCCUCUCGAUUCUCUGCUUUUUCCAUUAUACCGGCUUUCCUCGAUCAAUGAUCGGCCUCGCUGCCUCAAAGGGUUUCUCACAUGAGGAGUACAAGCUCAUGGAUCGUAGCCCGGAUUUCCAAGAGUCCAUCGACCUCCUUCGCCGGCUCAUAGUCCCAACUGGGAAGUUUGAGGAGAUCGAGCUGGACCGAGUCCUUGAGGAGCUUCUACAACUCUCACUAAUCACGCUUGUAUCCCUCUACUCGGAUAUCCGACUUCGCUUCCAUCCUCUUCUACAUGCGUGGGCCUAUGAUCGUCAGAGUGCAGAGGAGAGACGACGGAACAUGGUCGCGGCUCUGCGACUGUUGACUUGCGUUGUGGACGAAGGCGAUGGUAUAGACAUUGAGCAAGAGCUUUUCCCACAUGCACGCCGCUUCAUUUCCGAGAUAGAUACACUGCACAUCAAUGACAGGGCAGCACUUGUCGAGCUAUCCGAUCCAUCUCUGGCAGCUGCUACCUCUCUCACGACUUGGGAAAGGAUCCAUGAAACGGUUCGUGCUGCCUAUGGAGACUUGGAUAUACGGACUAGCGAGGCACUUCUCAAGGUUGCCAUUGCACAGAUGACUAUUCCCGAUUAUACAAGAAUGGAAAGUCUCUCUCGUCAAGUGCUGGAGCUGCGAAAGUCCGUCAGUGGGCCCAGGACAGCCUCGACUGCUGAGGCUAUGUUUUGGCUGGCAGAGUGUCUUCGGUUGACAAUGAAGAAUCAUGAAGAGAUGCUCAAUUUACUACAUUUGGCAUAUAGCAUUCAAGAGGAGGUACUUGGACCGAGCCAUGCCAAAACUCAGAAGACCAUGUUCAUCCUGGCGUACAACCUAAUGAAAUCAUCCAAGGACCCAAAGUAUGAUGAAGCCAGUGUCAUUUUGGAAAGGCUCAUGGAAACACAAACGAGGUUAUAUGGGCCGCUCCACCCCUGGACACUCAAUACAACCAACUCUUUGCUUGACUGCUAUGCCACUAUGGGGGAGAAAAAGAAGGGACAGCUCAAUCAGCUCCUGCAAAUUCGUCAUGAAAUUGGUAACCCCGAUGGAAAUCAUGAUAUUGCCCUCCUCUCUUUCCAAGCUCAUAUAUACGAGUUGCAAGGAAAGUACCCAGAAGCUGAAGGCGCUUAUCAGGAGGCAAUAAAAGCUGGAAGUCGACUCUAUGGGGAAUUCUCUAUUCGUAAUCUCACCACAGUCUUGACAUUCUCCGCGUUUCUCUGGAAGCUGCAUAAGAACAUAGAACUCGAGUCACUGCUACGUAAAUAUGCCAAGGCCAGUGACGAGCUGCGUGGAGCAGUUCAUUAUCAACUACUCCAAAUACUGGUAAUGCUCGGCUCCUCCCUUACUUUCCAGGAGAAAUACAACGAAGCCCAAACCUUACUCUCGACAACACUUGCAAAGGUCAUCGAGGAAUUUGGAGAGCUUCAUGCUCUUGCUGCCGAUAUACGUAUAUUGCUGGCCUCCUGCUACUUCAAGCAGGAAUGCUAUCCUGAGGCAGAGCAACUUUUCCGUGAAAACCUCAAGUACUUCAAAGAAGCCCUGGAAGAAGGGAAUGCCGGCGAGUCCUACUCGCUCAUUGGUGUUGCUAAGUGUGUAUUCGAGCAAAAGCGGUUCGAGGAAUCAGAGGAGCUCUGGCGUGAGAUCUACCUUCAGAGGAAGAGGACUCUGGGACCAAAUCACCCCGCAGUAUGCUGGAGUUUCUGCUUUAUAAUCGAGUCUCUUCAAAUGAGGGACCUCUUUGAUGCUGCUACGCCUCAUAUUUCCGAGGUUAUGCAGUUAUACCGUGAUCUAGAAGGUGGGACACAGCGUGAGAUAUUAGAGGCAUAUUGGAAGGUUGGGAAGGCACUGGAGAGACAGAGAAUGCUCACCGAGGCAGAGGAAGUCUUUCGGGCCCAUUUAGACCGUAUCAAAGAAUUUGAAGGAGACAGCGGGCCAGAAUAUGCGCGAGAGUUGGGUAACUUGGCCAAGGUGCUGUUCGACCAAGGCCGAUAUGACGAGUCAAAGACCAUUCGCGAGGACCAAAUGCGACGUUGGAGUGAGCUACAGGACAAGGAGGGACAAGAAUUUAUCUCUGAAAAGCUGCGGCAGAUCGAGGAGGCCCUUUCAUCCCAGCCCUCGGUCGACGCGUAG